CCCUCUGCUUCCUCUCUCUCUCUCUUCAAUCAAAGAGACAAAAGCUAGGGUUUCCACUUUCCACUUCUUCACGAUUAGCUUCCUCAGUCGUUCGAGCCUCCUUCUCGUAGCCUAAUCACGACUCGGGUUAGGCUUGGGUAGGAGUUGGGUUGAAUCUUACGGUUCCGAGGAAUGCGCCUCCCGCCGGCGAUGACUCGCCGCCGGGAUAUAUCCACUAAAGAUCUCACCUUUUUUCUCUUCACCCUUCUACUUCUCCUGUCUUUUGCUCUCGGCGGUGAGCGCGACGCGCUGCUACGCUUCAAGAGCUCCGUCUCGGACCCUGCAGGUCUGCUUGCUGCAUGGUCCACUGAGAGUUUGGACCACUGUUCUUGGCCAUGGCUCUCUUGCGACUCGCGCUCGCGGGUUGUUGAGGUCAACAUCUCCGCCGCCGCUGCCACUUCAUGUCCGCUUUCCACCCCGACUGUCCGGAGCUGCCCCGAUCCGACACGGCGGCUAACUGGGCGCCUUUCCGCAUCCAUGGGCGAGCUUUCGCAGCUUAAAGUCCUUUACUUGCCAUUCCAUGGCUUCUCCGGUGAGAUCCCUAAUGAGAUUUGGCUGCUGGAGAAUCUUGAGGUGCUUAAUCUAGAAUCGAAUCUCUUCUCCGGCUAUCUACCUCAGCAAUUUCCUCGUGGUUUGCGUGUGCUGAACUUGGGGUUCAACCGAAUCGUAGGUGAGAUUCCACAGUCCCUCUCGAACUGUCUUGAUUUGGAAACCCUAGACCUCUCUGGCAACAAUCUCAACGGUACUGUUCCUGGAUUUGUUGGCAAUUUGCGUUCUUUGCGUGGUCUUUACCUGUCCUUCAACUAUCUUAGCGGUUCCAUCCCUGAAGAUAUUGGACUCGGUUGCUUGAGUCUUGAGCACCUGGACUUAUCAGGGAAUCUUCUACUUGGUAGCAUUCCUCGUAGUCUUGGAAACUGUAGCAAGCUUCAAUCUUUACUUCUGUUCUCCAACUUGCUUGAUGAUGUUAUACCUCCAGUUCUAGGCUUGCUUACCAAGCUUCAGGUUUUGGAUGUUUCAAGGAACAGCCUGAGUGGCCCUGUACCUUCUGAGCUGGGAAAUUGUACAGCAUUAUCUGUAAUUGUGCUAUCAAAUCCUUUCCACCCUGUUCGAAUGAAGGAGGGUGGUGAGAGUGAUGUCGACAUUGAUGACUUCAAUUGUUUCCAAGGUGGAAUUCCUGAUAGUGUAACGAGAUUGCCGUAUCUUAAAGUUCUUUGGGCUCCAAGGGUGAUACUGGAAGGUGAGAUUCCUAGCAAUUGGGGUACUUGCCAGAACUUGGAGAUGGUUAACUUUGGGGAUAAUCUGUUCACAGGGAGGAUUCCGGAAGUUUUCGGCCAGUGUGAAAAUCUCAAGUUUCUUAAUAUAAGCUCAAACAAGUUGUCAGGUUGGAUCAGCAAUGCUCUUCCUGUGCCUUGUAUGGAUGUAUUUGAUGUCAGUGGAAAUGAGCUAUCAGGUCCAGUUCCAGCAUUUAUCAACAAUACAUGCCAUUUGUCUAGAUCCGCUUCUGAUAACCAGGUGUCUGCUUAUGCUUCUUUUUUCUCCAAGAGAGCUCGUGCCGGGUUAUCCUCGCCUUAUUUGAAAACUGGUGGUGAGCAACUGGUAUAUCACAAUUUUGCUGGAAACAACUUUACUGGUAAUUUCCCAACUUUACCUGUAGCAGUUAAUACAUCUGGCAACCAGAUUAUCUAUGCUUUCUUUGUGGAGAGGAAUCAGUUCGGCGGACCUUUGACGAAUAGUCUAUUCGAGAAAUGCAAUGCAUUGGAAGGGCUUGUUGCCAACUUCAGCAAUAACUUAAUCCAUGGUGAAAUUCCAGAGAAAAUUGGUGCCUUGUGUGAGUCUCUAGUUGUUCUUGAUGCAUCUGAUAAUCAACUAACUGGAACAAUUCCCCCAAGUCUCGGGCUUUCCCAAAAUCUUACAGCAAUUGACUUGAGUAGAAAUAGACUUCAAGGCCAGAUACCUGUAAAUCUUGGGAAUUUGAAAAUUCUGAAGUAUCUCUCAGUGGCUGGUAACAACCUUAGUGGCCAAAUACCUUCAGGAUUUGAUCAGUUAAUUUCACUUGAGAUGGUAGAUCUUUCUUUCAAUUCUCUUAUGGGUGUAAUCCCCAGUGGUCUCGUGAAACUGAAGAAUCUUAAGGUCCUUCUCCUUGAUAGCAAUAAACUUUCUGGCAAGAUUCCCAAUGUUUCAUCAGUUCCUACGUUUAAUGUUUCAUUCAACAAUCUCUCCGGACCUUUACCUUUUAACUCCAGCAAAUUGAGGUGUGAAAGUGUCUAUGGGAAUCCUCUACUCCCACCAUGUCCUAUAGUAUCUCUUUCUGAGCCACCAUCUAACCAGCAGGGAUACAUUGCAGAUUCACAAGUUUAUUCUGAUACACCUCCUGGAAGUCCACCUUCUAAGAGCAGUAAUGGUGGGUUCAGUUCUAUCGAGAUUGCAUCCAUCACAUCGGCUUCAGCCAUAGUUUCAGUUCUACUGGCCUUGAUUGUCCUCUAUGUAUACACUACAAAAUGUGCCCCCAGAUCCUUACGACAGUCUCCAGGACAAAGGGAAGUAACUGUUUUCACUGAUAUUGGUGUUCCAAUUACAUAUGAAACUGUUGUGCGAGCCACUGGAGGAUUUAAUGCAAGCAAUUGUAUUGGAAGUGGUGGCUUCGGAGCAACUUACAAGGCUGAAAUUUCACCUGGUGUUUUGGUGGCUAUUAAGAGACUCUCUAUUGGAAGGUUGCAGGGUGUUCAACAGUUUCAUGCAGAGAUAAAAACUCUUGGAAGAUGGAGGCACCCAAAUCUAGUGACUUUGAUAGGUUACCAUCUCUCCGACGCCGAGAUGUUUCUCAUAUACAAUUAUUUACCAGGAGGUAACUUGGAGAGGUUUAUUCAAGAGAGAUCCAAAAGGCCUGUGGUAUGGAGAAUGCUUCAUAAAAUUGCUCUAGAUGUUGCUCGUGCUCUCACUUACUUGCACGACAAUUGCGUUCCUCGAAUUCUCCAUCGAGAUGUUAAGCCAAGCAACAUUCUGCUGGAUAAAGAUUAUAAUGCCUAUCUAUCUGACUUUGGAUUAGCCAGGCUUCUUGGGAAUUCAGAAACCCAUGCAACUACUGGUGUGGCUGGAACUUUUGGCUAUGUUGCUCCUGAAUAUGCCAUGACUUGUCGUGUUUCUGAUAAAGCUGAUGUAUACAGCUAUGGUGUGGUUCUUUUGGAGUUGCUUUCAGACAAAAAGGCUUUGGAUCCAUCAUUUUCUCCAUAUGGAAAUGGUUUCAACAUUGUUGCUUGGGCAUGUUUGCUACUUCGACAAGGCCGGGCUCGCGAGUUUUUUACUGAGGGAUUGUGGGAAGUUGGCCCCCAUGAUGACUUAGUUGAAACUUUGCAUUUAGCUGUAACAUGUACUGUUGAAUCACUUUCAAUUAGACCCACCAUGAAGCAAGUUGUCCAGCGGCUAAAGCAAGUCCAACCACCAACUUGAUAGAACCACAUUACUGAAGGUAUUUAACAUCUUCACUUUAGAAAGGUAAGAAUUAAGUUGUAAAAUGUGUUAAUUUGUCCAAUUUUCUGAUACCUCUCAGAAACAAAUCUGAGUUGUAGUUACUUUGUAUUAUAUUUCAAUUUCUCCACUUGCCUCUUGGAGCAGGUUACUGAUGUAUCCUUGUCAGAGUUAAAAAAAAUGUUGAGAUUUGUAAUACCAGCUCACAUUUUAAAUGAGAUGUGUACCUAAAUUUCUUUCCUUUUUUGUA